GCUUAUUUAAACAUUAUGAAAAAGGUCCCUACACUUAUAGUUUCCACGUUUUUGUUUAGUUUUUUGGACGUGCAUAUUAAGCUUUUCAUAUUCAUGUUAAACCAUUGUACUUGCAGUAAGCAAUGACACCACCAGGUGUCGCAGUGAUGAGUCAUAGUGUGGAUUGUCUUCGGUGUAGUCUAGUUCCACCUCUUCAUUGCAGCCUCAGUAGUGAACGCGCACCAUCAGUGUCGCAUUUGGAUGCCUUUAUAACGCAUUGAUGUCCACGUUUUGACAUUUGUGAAACAUUUUUACAUUUUUGAGACGGAUUGCACAUUUUUUCUGUCGCACUGUAAUGCGGUAGUUAGUGAACAACACGCGGCAUCGAAUGUGCUUGUUUUACAUGAUGGAACAAAGAGGACGCGACGCAAGGCGGUGGGUCAGCUGCGUGCUUGCUGGGCUUUUGUGGAGCCUCACCUCGGCUCAGCUGAGAUAUUCCAUUUCAGAAGAGGUUAAGGAAGGAACUGUGGUCGGAAAUAUUGCAAAGGAUUUGGGAUUAGACAAGAGCACGUUGAAAGAGCGCAAGUAUCGGAUUGUUUCGAGCGUUGCACAGCCUCUUUUCCACCUCGGAGAGACGGACGGCAUUCUGUACGUAAGCAGGAACAUUGACCGGGAGGAGGUAUGCGAAAGGAGCUCUGCUUGUUUGAUUCAUCUGAAAACUGUGCUGGAAAACCCACUGGAGGUGCAUUAUGUUGCCGUGGAAGUCCUGGACAUUAAUGAUCAUUCUCCCAGCUUUCCAGAGGAGACAAAGACGUUAGAGAUGCCCGAGUCUGUUUUACCGGGCAUGCGUAUUCCUCUUAAAGCUGCGAGAGAUCCAGACAGUGGUCUGUUUUCUGUUCAGCAGUAUAAACUUAGCUCUAACGACCAUUUCCGUUUGGAAAUGAAAGAUAAAGGAGAUGAUGAAAAAAUGCCAAUACUGAUUGUGCAAAAAUCUUUGGACAGAGAGGCAGCAGGAAGUCAUUCAUUAGUGUUAACUGCAGUGGAUGGAGGAACACCUCCAAAAACCGGUGAACUGAAUAUUCUGAUACAUGUAUUAGAUGUAAAUGAUAAUGCACCGGUUUUCUCUAAAGAUGUUUAUUCUGUGACACUUGAUGAAAAUGCUCCUGUCGGAACAACUGUUGUCAAAGUAAAUGCAACAGAUUUAGAUGAAGGUCCAAAUGGUGAUGUCAUUUAUUCAUUUGGCAAUGGUGUCAGUCACAGAUUAUUAAAACUAUUUGAUGUCAAUCAUUCGUCAGGUGCAAUUACUGUAAAAGGAAUUAUUGACUAUGAGGAAAAGGCACAAUAUGAGAUUGAAAUUUUAGCAUCAGAUAAAGCUUCUCUACCACUCUCAACAGAAAAAAGUGUCAUCAUUAAGAUAGUUGACAUUAAUGACAAUGCACCUGAGAUUGAAGUGACGUCAUUUUCUAGUUCCAUUCCUGAAGAUUCCAGACCUGGAACUACAGUUGCUUUAAUCAGUGUGAAUGACUUGGACUCUGGUCUCAAUGGCAAAGUGAUUUGUUCCAUAGGUGAGGAUGUUCCUUUUGUUUUGUCGCCAUCAUUACAAGACAAAAUGUAUUCUUUAGUGACCAAAUCACAUCUGGACAGAGAGAAAAUGUCAAAAUAUGAUAUUUUAGUAGUUGCAAGAGACACAGGUCAACCUGCACUCUCAUCUGAAAAGACAAUAAGUGUUUUUAUUUCAGAUGUAAAUGAUAACAGUCCAGAGUUUUCAUCCAGUCCUUAUACUUUCUAUGUUACUGAGGGCAACCAUGCAGGAGCCUCUGUCUUUUCUGUCAGAGCUUCUGAUCGUGAUGAGAACGAGAAUGGUGCUAUUUCAUAUCAUAUUGUCAGGGAUGGAAGAGAAGGAAGUAAACUGUCUUCAUUUCUAAGUAUAAACACAGAAAAUGGACAAAUAUCAGCACUAAAAAGCUUUGACUUUGAGACGCUGAAAAGUUUCCAGUUCCAAGUCGUGGCCACGGACGGUGGAAGUCCUCCACUGAGCAGCAACGUGACAGUGAAGGUGUUCAUUCUGGAUCAGAACGACAACGCUCCAGUCAUCCUGUAUCCAGUCAGCUCCAACGGUUCUGCUGAAGGUGUGGAGGAGAUUCCCCGCAAUAUGAAAGCAGGAGACUUGGUGACUAAAGUCCGAGCCUAUGAUGCUGAUAUAGGAUAUAACGGCUGGUUACUGUUUUCACUGCAGCAAGUCACUGCCCACAGUCUCUUUACUUUGGACCGCUAUACGGGCCAGAUCAGAACACUUCGCUCCUUCACAGAGACGGACGAGGCUGAGCAUGGACUGCUCAUACUGGUCAAAGACAACGGCAACGUUUCCCUGUCAGCAACAGCUACUGUGACUGUCAAACUUGUGGAGCCCAAAGAGGCUUUUGCAGCUUCUGAUGUCAAACGUGCAGCAGCAAAAGUGGAGGAGGAGGACCACAAUGUGACUUUUUACCUCAUCAUCACUUUGGGCUCGGUCUCGCUGCUUUUUGUCAUCAGCAUCAUCGUGCUGAUCGCCAUGCAGUGCUCCAAAUCCACAGAGUACACUUCCAAAUAUCUCCAAGACGCUAAUUAUGAUGGGACACUGUGUCACAGCAUCCAGUACAGAUCAGGAGACAAACGCUACAUGCUAGUUGGACCCAGAAUGAGUAUAGGUUCUACUAUAGUCCCGGGCAGCCACGCCAACACUCUGGUGCUCCCUGACAGGAGACACACUUCUUCUGGGGAGGUAAGACAGCUAUAUUUUGUGUAUUUUGUAUAA